GGCCCCGGGCCACUUCACAAAGCGGGAAAAGGAGGGGGAAAGAAUGUCACAACUGGGACCCCCGUCUUAGAGAAUAAACAUUGAUGUGACUGAGGACCGAACCAUUAUUGGGUUUGGGGGACAUCACAGGGGCUACAGGGGUCUGUGGGUGGAAGAAAGUGGGGUCUCCUGCAAGUGGGGUGGGGGAGGCGCCUCUUCUGAGUUCCAAGCCGGCGCGAGACACAGGCGAGGGCUGGCAGCGGCCACAUCUGCACUGGGGCCGGUGCGCAUCUGCACAAGACGGAGCUGCCGGCCAGGGUCCCCCGCCACGCUGCUUGCCGCCCCCACCCCCAUCAGCGCGCGCGCGCGCGCGCCCAGCCCCACUGGCUGGCAGACACGCUCUCGCGCUGCCUCCCCUGGCUGGCCCCCACGCUGCCACCCCCGAUUCCCUGAGGGUCCCGCAUCCGGAAAGUGAGUUCGACCUCCGGGAUCCGCAGUCUGGCGUCCCGGUGCGCACCAUGCCAGCCCUGCUGCUGCUCGGGACCGUCGUGCUGUUGGCCUCCGCCGCGGGCCCGGCGGGAGCGCGCCCAUCCAACGAGACGAGCGCAGUGGCCCCAGGCCCGCUGCCCGCGCUACUCGCGCACCUGAGGCGCCUGACCGGGGCUCUCGCGGGCGGCGGGAGCGCUGCGGGUACCGGCGCCAAUGCCACCAAGACCAGCGCCGCGGGUGGCGCGGGCGCAGCGGCACGGGCGCCUCCUCCGGCCGAGCUCUGCCACGGCUACUACGAUGUUAUGGGCCAGUACGACGCCACCUUCAACUGCAGCACCGGCUCCUACCGCUUCUGCUGCGGCACCUGCCACUACCGUUUCUGCUGCGAGCACCGCCACAUGCGCCUGGCGCAGGCCUCCUGCUCUAACUAUGACACGCCACGCUGGGCCACCACGCCCCCGCCGCUGGCCGGAGGCGCCGGGGGCGCUGGGGGUGCGGGUGGGGGACCAGGACCAGGCCAGGCAGGGUGGCUGGAAGGGGGCCGGGCUGGGGGCGCUGGGGGACGUGGGGGCGAGGGUCCAGGGGGCAGCACAGCCUACGUGGUGUGCGGAGUCAUCAGCUUCGCCCUGGCAGUGGGCGUCGGUGCCAAAGUGGCCUUCAGCAAGGCGUCGCGUGCGCCCAGGGCGCACCGGGAGAUCAACGUGCCCAGAGCUCUGGUGGACAUCCUGAGGCAUCAAGCAGGACCCACAACCCGCCCAGACCGGGCCCGAAGCAGUUCUCUGACCCCAGGGCUAGGAGGCCCAGAUAGCAUGCCCCCCAGGACACCCAAGAACCUUUACAACACCAUGAAGCCCUCCAACCUUGACUGGCGUGCCAUGCCACCACCCAGCCCCUCCCUGCACUACUCCACGCUGUCCUGCUCUCGAUCCUUCCAUAACCUGUCUCAUCUUCCCCCAUCCUAUGAGGCUGCUGUGAAAUCAGAACUGAAUCGAUACUCCUCCCUCAAGAGACUGGCUGAGAAAGAUCUGGAUGAAGCCUACCUGAAGCGCAGACAUCUAGAGAUGCCUCGUGGGACGCUGCCCUUGCACGCACUCCGGCGGCCUGGCACUGGAGGUGGCUACCGCAUGGAUGCCUGGGGUGGUCCUGAGGAGCUGGGCCUGGCCCCAGCCCCCAAUCCCCGCCGGGUUAUGUCCCAGGAGCACCUGCUGGGUGAUGGCCGAGCUUCCCGCUAUGAGUUCACAUUGCCUCGAGCCCGUCUGGUGUCUCAGGAACACCUGCUGCUGUCCUCACCGGAGGCCCUUCGGCAGAGUCGAGAGCACCUGCUGUCACCCCCACGGAGUCCUGCACUGCCCCCGGAUCCCACCACCCGGGCCAGCCUGGCUGCCUCACACUCCAACCUGCUGCUGGGGCCUGGGGGCCCCCCGACACCACUGCAUGGGUUGCCUCCAUCGGGCCUGCAUGCGCACCAUCACCAUGCCCUUCAUGGUUCUCCCCAGCCAGCCUGGAUGUCUGAUGCGGGUGGGGGCGGCGGCACACUGGCCCGUAGGCCACCCUUCCAGCGUCAGGGCACCCUGGAGCAGUUGCAGUUCAUUCCUGGCCAUCACCUGCCCCAGCACCUGCGCACUGCCAGUAAGAAUGAAGUGACUGUCUGAGGCCGGGGGUGGAGUGCUGGGGGUCUGUGGCGUCUGAGGCCCCCUCCUCCCAGGCCAGAGCUCCAUUACAGGCUCAUUGGUACACACCAAGGCUCUGAGACCAGAUGGGCCCUUGGGCCGGAGACCAU